CGAUGUUACCUUUGACACGGGCAGCAAUACCAAGAGUGAAAAUUUGCCUGUUCAAGUCACCCCAAGUCACCUCUAUUCGGCUGAACAAAGACAAUUAUCUCUCUUGGUCUGCUGCGCUUGAAAUUGGGAUCACUAGUCGCGGUCGUCUGCCCUAUAUCACUGGAGAGAAACCUGCACCUAGUAAAACUGAUACUAGAUGGGCGACUUGGGCGUUGGAAGAUAGUCAAGUUAAGGUUUGGAUUAUUAGUUCUGUUUCUGCUGAUAUUCAACCCCUUAUUUUGCGAAAGUUGACCUCAUAUGACAUGUGGACUGUGCUUGCGAGGAUGUAUGGCCGUAAAAAGAGAGUCCUGCGUACAUACCAGAUUAAACGCAGCAUCUAUUCUCUUAAACAUGGUGACUUGUCUGUGGCAUCUUUCUAUGCAGCCCUGAAGACUAAAUGGGAGGAACUGGAUUAUCAUGUGAAUGAUGACUGGAAUUGUGGUUCUGAUCAUGAACUGUACUGGCAGAAAGAAUGGAUGGACCGCACUUUUAUUUUUCUGGGAGGUCUGCGUGAUGAGUUUGAAUCCAUUAGGAGUCAAAUUCUCAACUGUGGCGAGACCCCUGGAAUUGAGGAGGUGUAUGCCCGGGUGGAAUCUGAGGAACAACGCCGUCAAGUGAUGCAUAUUGACUCUAGUCAUGGUAGUUCUCCCUCUGCUUUUGUUAGUCGUGCUCCAGGGACUGGGCAGCGUCCUAUUCGGCGUUGCAGUCACUGUAACAAGUUGGGACACUCAGUUGAUUUUUGUUGGGAUCUUCAUCCUGAGAAGAGGCUCACCUGUGGUUGUCCUCCCUCUGGUAGGUGGGGUCCUCCUGUGCCUGAUACUAGCUCUCCCAAUGUUGAAAAACCGAAGCUUUCCUCUGACCAAAUCAAGAAAUUACAAGCUUACAUCAGCCGGUUAUCUACUACUAAGGAGGAAGCCUCCACGUCUGAGGGAGCUCAGUUAGCCCAAGCUCUUGUUGCCACAAGUGAUCAAGGACUUGGUGACGGGGAAGAAGAUUGAGAUUGGUUCGGUUAUUGAUGGCCUCUACAGAGUGCCCGUACAGGUUGCCUCUGCUCUCAUCUCAGCUACUAGCAGACAGUUGACGGGCGUGGAGGACAGGUCUAGCAUUAUGAGAUGGCACGAGCGCCUUGGACAUCUCCCAUUCCAGUUGAUUAAGAAGUUGUUUCCUAGGUUGUUUACUUCUUUUCCAUGGACUCCUUCACAUGUGAAGUGUGUCAGUUUGCUAAGCAUGUUAGGGCUUCGUACCCUAUUUCUAUCAAUAAAACCACUCGUCCUUUUGCUUUGGUUCACUCUGAUGUUUGGGGUCCUUCGGGAGUACCCACUUGUCGUGGUUUCCAUUACUUUAUGACUCUGAUUGAUGACUACUCCCGUUGUACGUUCGUGUACUUGUUGAAAGAACGCAGUGAGGUUCCUGUCAUUGUCAAAAAUUUUGUUGUCUUUGUCGAAAAUCAAUUUCAAACCUCUGUUCAGAUUUUCCAUACUGAUAAUGCCAGGGAGUAUGUCUCC